AUGAAGCGCAGUAAGCACCGUGGACACAAGGAGGACAGAAACGGAGAUGAGCCGGCUGUCCUGGAGACAGAAAACCUGGAUCGGCAGGGUAUGUUCAUGGGAGGAGGACUGGACCUUGACACCAUCUCAGUGGCCUCAGUCACAGCCGUUACCACCAAUGUAUCGAAUAAGAGAUCCAAACCAGACAUAAAGAUGGAGCCCAGCUCUGGCAGACCAGUAGAUUACCAGGUGAGUGUGACAGUGAUUGAGGCCAGACAGCUGAUUGGACUGAACAUGGAUCCCAUGGUCUGUGUUGAGAUUGGAGAAGAUAAAAAAUACACCUCAAUGAAGGAAUCAACCAACUGUCCAUACUACAAUGAAUACUUUGUCUUUGACUUCCACGUCCCUCCAGAUGUUAUGUUUGACAAAAUCCUGAAGUUGUCUGUCAUCCACUCUAAAAACCUUCUGCGUAGUGGAACGCUGGUUGGGACAUUUAAACUGGACGUUGGCACAAUCUACACUCAGCCAGAACAUCAGUUUUACCACAAAUGGGCUCUGUUGUCUGACCCUGACGACAUCACAGCGGGCUGUAAAGGCUACGUUAAGUGUGAUGUCGCAGUUGUGGCCAAAGGAGACACGAUAAAGACUCCGCACAAGGCCAAUGAGUCUGAUGAGGAUGACAUAGAGGGCAAUCUCUUAAUACCCGAGGGGGUGCCUGCAGAGCGACAGUGGGCUCGCUAUUACCUGAAAAUCUAUAGAGCGGAGGGACUCCCAAGAAUGAACACCAGCAUCAUGGCCAAUGUUAAGAAGGCCUUCAUCGGAGAAAAUAAGGACCUGGUUGAUCCGUACGUUCAAGUACAGUUUGCUGGACAGAAGGGGAAAACAUCAGUUCAGAAGAGCUGCUACGAGCCCAUCUGGAACGAGCAAAUAGUUUUCACUGAGAUGUUUCCACCGCUGUGCAAACGCAUGAAGAUCCAGCUCCGUGACUCUGAUAAAGUGAACGAUGUCGCUAUAGGAACACACUUCCUGGACCUUCGGAAGAUCUCCAAUGACGGGGACAAAGGCUUCCUUCCCACACUGGGGCCUGCCUGGGUCAACAUGUACGGCUCCACCCGUACCUACAGCCUGAUGGACGAAUACCAGGAGUUGAACGAGGGACUCGGAGAGGGGGUGUCCUUCAGAGCCCGUCUGCUCAUCAGCCUGGGUGUGGAGAUCCUGGACCCCUCCUCCCCUGAGGUUGCCAGCUCCACAGAGGCGCAGGUGGAGGGAGUGCCCAACAUCUCAGAGACGGCAACUGGGAAGGUCGAGGAAUUUUUCCUCUUUGGAUCGUUUCUCGAGGCAACAAUGAUUGAUAGAAAGAUUGGAGAUAAACCCAUCAACUUUGAGGUCACCAUAGGUUACUAUGGGAACGAGAUGGAUGGGAUUGUCCAGACAAAAACCAAAGGGAAGAGAGGUGGAGGUGACGGAGAUGAAGAAGAAACUGAACUGAUUCACAACUCCAGCGAGGAGGAGAUGGACGAUGACGGAGACCUGACAUCAGUGGCAACUACACCUCCCAUGAAGCCUGUCAUCACUGAUCGAAACUACUUCCACUUGCCGUACUUUGAGAGGAAGCCGUGUAUCUACAUCAAGAGUUGGUGGCAGGAUCAGAGAAGGAGGCUGUACAAUGCCAACAUUAUAGACAACAUUGCAUAUAAACUGGAGGACGGACUAAACGAUGUGCAGGAAAUCAUUAAGACAGAAAAGUCCUAUCCUGAGCGCAGACUCAGGGGGGUCCUGGAGGAACUCAGCCACGGAUGCAGUCAGUUUCUUGCGCUGGCAAACAAGGACCAGAACCAGUCUGGUAAAACCAAACUUGACAGGGAGAGGCUGAAGCUGUGCAUGUCAGAAGUGGAGGCCAUUGGGCAGCAAGCGAAGGCGAUGAGGUCCCAGGUGAAGAAAAGCACAGUGAGAGAUAAAAUCAAACUGGCUCAGAACUUCCUCUCAAAGCUGCGCUUCCUGGCUGAUGAACCUCAGCACAGCGUUCCUGAUGUUUUCAUUUGGAUGAUAAGUAACGGGAAGCGCAUUGCUUAUGCACGCGUGCCCUCCAAAGACAUCCUUUACUCAAGCAUAGAUGAGGAGAGAGGGAAGGAGUGCGGCAAAGUCAAGACAAUCUUUCUCAGGAUCCCUGGAAAGAAAGGCUUUGGGCCUGCUGGCUGGACAGUGCAGUCCAAGAUAGAGAUUUAUCUGUGGCUGGGUCUAAAUAGGCAGCGCAAAGACUACCUGAGUGGCCUCCCCAAUGGAUUUGAAGAGAACAAGUUGUCCAAAGGACCCGGCAUGCCGUGCUCACCUCCUAUUAGCCUCACCUACAUGAUGAAACAAAUUUUCCAGCUGAGGGUCCACAUGUACCAAGCUCGCAGCCUGUUUGCUGCUGACAGCACAGGCCUGUCUGAUCCCUUUGCGAGAGUCUUCUUCUCCACGCAAAGUCAAGUCACCGAGGUCUUGGCUGAAACUCUCUGCCCCACGUGGGACCAGCUGCUGGUCUUUGAGAACGUGGAGUUGUUCGGAGAAGCCAAUGAGCUGAGAGACGACCCUCCCAUCAUCGUCAUUGAAAUCUAUGAUCAAGACACAGUGGGCAAAGCUGACUUCAUGGGCAGAACGUUUGCCAAGCCUGUGGUCAAGAUGGCCGAUGAGCACUAUGGCCCCCCACGCUUCCCUCCGCAGCUGGAGUACUAUCAGAUCUACCGUGGAAACUGCACCGCUGGAGAAAUGCUGGCAGCUUUUGAACUCCUGCAGAUUGGACCCAAUGGGAAAGCCGACCUGCCUCCGAUAGACGGUCCUACAGAUAUGGACCGCGGUCCACUCCUGCCUGUACCACUGGGAAUCAGACCGGUGCUCAGCAAAUACAGGAUUGAGGUUUUGUUCUGGGGCUUGAGGGACCUGAAAAGGGUGAAUCUGGCCCAGGUGGAUCGGCCUCGUGUGGACAUUGAAUGCGCAGGGAAGGGGGUUCAGUCGGCACUCAUCCCCAACUACAAGAAAAACCCCAACUUCAGCACCCUUGUCAAGUGGUUUGAAGUGGAUUUGCCUGAGAAUGAGCUGCUUCACCCGCCUCUGAACAUCCGAGUGGUGGACUGCAGGGCUUUUGGUCGCUACACUCUGGUCGGCUCCAACGCCGUCACCAGCCUGCGGAAGUUUAUCUACAGGGCAACAGACAAACAGGCCAACAACUGGUCGUCAAACACGACAGAGGAAAUUAUUGUUGUCAGCAUGGAAUCUGAUCCAGCUUUUAAGAAGAUGGACACUGUGGUCAAACUCGAUUCUUGCUCUGACGCUGUGGUCAAAGUUGAGGAUGACGAUAAGGAUGGAAAGGGGAAAAAGAAGAAGAGGAAGAAGGGAGAUGAGACUGAAGAGGAGGAGCUUGAUGAGAGCAUGUUGGACUGGUGGUCCAAAUACUUUGCCUCCAUUGAGACUUUGACAGAGGCACUGAAGGCUCAAGAAGCAGCUCUGUCAGAUUCAGAAGACAAAGACGACGCGGACAUUACAGAUGGUGGAGGUGAUGACUCUCCUGUGAAAGGAACCAAGAGAGGAAAAGGAAAGAAGAAGAAGAUGACCUUCGACCCGUUCGAGAAGAAAAAGCCAAAGUUGGAUGAGCUGAAGGUGUAUCCAAAAGAGCUGGAAAGUGAAUUUGACAACUUUGAGGACUGGCUCCACAGUUUUAACCUGUUCAGGGGAAAGGCUGGCGAUGACGAUGACCAAAACGCAGCAGACGAGGACAGGAUUGUUGGGAAAUUCAAAGGCUCAAUGUGCAUGUACAAAGUGUCGGACGAUCUGCCCAGAGACAUGAACUUCGACUCCAACAUGGGAAUGUUUCAAAACAUUCCUCACAACGACCCCAUUAAUGUCCUCGUCCGCAUCUAUGUCAUCAGGGCAACUGAUCUGCACCCAGCUGACAUUAAUGGGAAAGCUGACCCAUACAUUGCAAUCAAACUGGGAAAGACAGAAAUCAAAGACAAAGAGAACUACAUCUCCAAACAGCUGAACCCUCUUUUUGGCAAAUCCUUUGACGUGGAGGCCACAUUCCCAAUGGAUUCCACACUCACGGUGUCGAUUUACGACUGGGACCUGGUUGGAACCGACGAUCUGAUCGGAGAAACCAAACUGGACCUGGAGAAUCGUUUCUACAGCAAACACAGAGCCACGUGUGGUCUCGCUUGUAACUACGCCAUUCAUGGUUACAAUGUUUGGAGGGACCCAUUGAAACCCACACAGAUCCUGGCUAAGCUGUGCAAGGAUGGAAAACUGGACGGGCCUCACUAUGGCCCCGGAGGAAGAGUGAAGGUGGAGAACCGUGUCUUCAUGGCACAAACUGAGAUCGAGGAUGAAAACGGUUUGAAGAAGCAGACGGAUGAACACCUGGCUCUGACUGUGUUGAAGCACUGGGAGGAUAUCCCCCGGGUCGGAUGCAAACUUGCUCCAGAGCACGUGGAAACAAGACCACUGCUCCAUCCUGACAAACCGGGAAUCGAACAGGGACGGAUUGAGAUGUGGGUGGACAUGUUUCCUAAAGACAUGACUGCUCCAGGUCCAGCUCUUGACAUUUCACCAAGGAAACCAAAGAAGUUUGAACUGAGGGUGAUCAUCUGGAACACAGAUGAAGUCGUUCUAGAGGACGAUGACAUCUUUACUGGAGAGAAAUCCAGUGAUAUAUUUGUGCGAGGUUGGCUUAAAGGGCAGCAGGAGGACAAGCAGGACACUGACGUCCACUACCACUCCAUCACCGGGGAGGGCAAUUUCAACUGGCGCUUCGUCUACCCCUUUGACUACCUCAUGGCUGAGGAGAAGAUCGUCAUCUCAAAGAAAGAGUCCAUGUUUGCCUGGGACGAGACCGAGUACAAGAUUCCAGCUCGUCUGAACUUGCAAGUGUGGGACGCCGACCACUUCUCUGCAGAUGACUUCUUAGGGGCUAUUGAGCUGGACCUGAAUCGUUUCCCACGCGGUGCAAAGACUCCCAAGCAGUGCACUAUUGAGAUGGUGACAAAUGAGGCGGAGAUGCCCUGCGUCUCCAUCUUCAAACAGAAGAGGAUCAAGGGCUGGUGGCCAUUUGUGGCCAGAAAUGAAGAUGACGAGUUUGAGCUGACGGGAAAAGUGGAAGCAGAGCUUCACCUUCUGACCGGAGAGGAAGCAGAAAAAAGCCCAGUGGGUGAAGGACGCAACGAACCGGAGCCACUGGAGAAACCCAACCGUCCAGACAUCGCCCUCCUCUGGUUCCUCAUCCCUUUCAAAGCCGCUAAACACCUGGUGUGUGACCAGUACAGGUGGCUGACAAUCAAGAUCGUCACUGCUCUGCUGCUGCUCGCCAUCUUGGCUCUGUUCCUGUACAACAUGCCUGGUUACAUGGUGAAGAAGAUGUUGGGAGCCUGAGUUAAAACCAGCAGAUGAUGGUGUGCAUUCAGUAAUGAUUUGUAUUUGAUGUAGUACCAAUAACACAUCUUGAGUGUAGUCACCAUUGUCUGUACAAAUCUCAACACCUUGCUUUUGAUGGUGUGAUAACUGAAGUUUUCUUCUUUCUUAAAAUGGGGUUUUCUUAAUUAUUAUUAAAUGAAUUCAGCGUCCACUGCUCACCUAUGAAAACUGAUGACCAUCACCUGGAUAUUAAAGGUUUUAUUGAUUAAAUAUUGAGGAUUUUUAGCAUAGUUGGCUGGUGUUCAGAUUUUCCUGCUUGACUAAUAUUUUGUCAUGAGACAAAUGUGUUGUCCUG